AGGGAGGGGAGAUGGUGAGGGAGCUCAGCCUCAAACCCUCCGCGCUUUCUGCACGCCAGUCAUCCCUCCAAUGCCCAAAGUUUGCGGGCGGAGGCUGGCGGGGAGGGAGCGGGGCCGUGGGGAGCGUGGCUCCUGCGGGAUGCUGGCGGUGGGAUCGAUGAUGUCCUCCCCGCUCCCGGCAGCGCCCGCGAUGUGAUUCCUCCCCGCCGGCGGCACCGCUCCCAGACAAAGGCUGAGCUCAGCGCCCGCCUAAGGCUGGACCUGGGGUACCCACGCGAGCUCUCCGGCUGCUCCCCACCUUCCCCUGCGCCUCGGCGGAAACAUCCAGCAGACGGAUCAAAGCUCGUCUUUUGUCAUCGAAAGGAUUAACUCCCCGGGGAGCAGCGGCGGAGGCUGAGCCGGCUCUCCCGCCACGCAUCGCCUGCUUCGCAGCACGCUCAGGAGUUUUGGAGCCAACCUCCCGGCUGCUAAUCCCCUCGCUGCUGGAGCCGGGGAGGCUGGGAAGAGCCGGCAGGGCGGCGGGGAGAAGGGACAGGAGGGAAGGGACGGGGAGGAGUGUCCGCACACACACGCACACCAGCACCAGCACCCCGCACACGGCUCCGGGCACGGCAGCGCAUCGGCGGCUGCGGCCGGGGAGCUCCGCAGGAGCUGAAUAAAACAAGCUGGAGCAGCAGGCGACGGGAUCUGUUCGCUUGGAAAAGUCUUUCAGGAAUCGAUCGGGAGAUGCCGGCAAAAGAAGUUGCUGAAAGCCAAGGUGGAAUGGCCAGGAGCUGCGCGCCGUCGGCCCCGUCACACAGCGGAGCAGCUGAACUUUGUGGGGUCUGAACAUUUUUCUCCUGUGCGAACGCUCUGGGCAGCGCUGACGGGAGAGCCAGGACGGCUCCGCACACCUUGCGCCUGACAGAGCUUGGGGCACAGCCAAGGGGGCAUUUCUGUCUCUCCAGGAACCAUCGCCUCUGAGAGAAAAAAAAAAAGAAGAAGCUGGAGAAGGGCAAUUUAUCUUUCUUUUCCAGAUGACUGAAAAUAUCUACAGGAUCCUGUCUCUCCGGUUGUCAUCUGUGAGUAGCAUAAGGGAGAGGCGGCUGAGGAACAAAAAUGAUAUCAGCCAAAAUCACUCCAGCACCUACUUUUUCCUAAGGAACUUCAUGCCUAUAGGGGUUUUCUGCGGGCAUUUGCAGGAGUGAGACCCAGGUACCACAGAUGCAUCCCUAUCGGAUCAUGUAAGAAUUUGCAAAUGAGAAACAUACCCCAUCCAGACCUUCUCUGCCCGCUUUGCAGUACAUGGUUUGGUGUAAGCACAGCAAUUCUCACCUCUUUCUCUCCCUUUUAAGUCUUUUGAGCUUGGAGACCUCUUUCCUCAUUGCAAUUAUGAUUAUUUGCAACAUCAGUGCCAUCAAAGAUUGGAGCACUUUCCUUUCCCAAAUCCUCCCCAGCGUUAACAAGACUCUGAACUUGGUACAGCAAGUGGAAGCCACCACCAGCUCGGUGGUAAGUGUCCUCCAGGACCCUGAACAGGACAACUACCUGUCCAAUAGCCAGUCCAUGAACUCCAGCAACUUCACAGCUGGCCUGGACCACUUGUUCCAGUACUCAUACUCGGACAAUGACCAGCUCUACAAGGAGUACAAACCCCCUCCUCGAGAUGCCAUUCCUCUGCCCAAGGCUGUCCUCUACCUCCUCAUGGCAGCCCUGGUGGUGGUGGCAGUGGCGUACGCCAUCGUCGGGCAUCUCAUCAAGGACCUCAUUUACGACUUUGUAGACUGGAUCUUUGGCCCCAGCCCAGAUGACAACAGCAACAAGAGCGACAUCAACUGCAUCAGCAACAGCGUCAACGAGAUGAGCGAGAUGCCCGAGGCGCCGCGGCACCGGGAGCGCCAGUCCCAGGACGUGGUCAUUGCCAUCAGCGAGACUUGCCACUUGCCACAGCAGACGUGACCCGUGCCACGUCUGGGCCAGGAGGGAUGGAGCAGCAGGAUGGAGAGGAGGGAUGGAGCAGUGGAACAGUGCAGCAGUCCUUGCAGGACCGGGCAGGGAGAGGAAGGGAUGGGCAGAGCCGGCACCGUGGAGCAAAGCCCUUCUCCCCCUGGUUUUACCAGCUUCUAAGGACCUUGCCAGGGUGGGUGGCAUCCCCCCUGCUCCCAGGCUUGUCAGCCCUGUCCUGACAUCUGCCCUUGGGUUUGUGAGCCCCUCUUUGUUCCCUGUGAAUAGCAAAAAAGAAAAAGCAAAUGCAAAAUACACCCACCAAACAAAGCUUGCAAGAGAAAUGA